AUGACAUCCAAGGCACAAAGGAUGCCAAGGAUCAAGAAAACGGUGUCGUUUUCGGAUGUGCCCAAAAUCGCCACAAUUCCGCCCAACGAUAGUCAACUCACAGCAGAUUCAAAGACCACAUCUCAGAACUCUUCCUCGACAUGGGUCCCAAAAUUAAACAAGACGGUUCUGACCGUGCCGUUUCACAUACCGAUGUUUGCUUAUUCGUUGUUUGAGCACUACAAUAUCACGACAGACGCGGUGUCUGCGAUGUCGAGGUCUUUAGUGGUGUUGGUUGCGUUCCAGGUUGUUUACGCCUUGAUACUGAUGCAAAACAUAUCUGAAUCUCCAAAGAAGAAGAAAACCAAGAAAACCGUCAAGAAAGCCAGGGUGAGAGCUCCUGAGUCAGGUGACUUUCUGUACGUGACUUUUGCGUGUGGAGUGACUUUGUUGGGCACACUGCCACUGUUCAUAGUGCUGAUACUGUUUGGAGCUCCAUUUACGGUGCUCCUCAAGGAGACUUAUCUAUUGGCCGUCCACAUCAGUUUCUUGGUACUGUUGCCAUUACUCAUAGUGUACAAAAUUGCUGACAACGACUCGGAAGUGCAGCCUUCUACGGUGUGGUCCAAGCUGCUGACCUUUGAGGUUGCGGAUUGGUACAAACAACCAGCGUUCACCAUGGCUAUAGGCGGAGUGGUUGGAACAUGGCUUGGUGCCAUUCCAAUACCCUUGGACUGGGACAGAAACUGGCAAACGUGGCCAAUAACGUUGUUGGUGGGAGCGUAUGGGGGUGCAUUUGUGGGAAAUGUGUUGGGUCAGUUAGCCUCACUUGUGUGA